AGUACUUUACGAAAUUUUUCCUCUCAUACAGUUAGAUGUUAUUUAAUUCCACUAUUUAAAAUACCAAAAUUUGUUGUAUGCUGUCUUUAUUUUCGUUUUAUUGUGCGGAAUUUGUGUAUUGAGUUGUUCCAAGAACCAGAUGGAGAAGUUGCAUCGAAAUGUUACCUCGCCAGUCCACGAAUUUUGUACGUGAACUGCUAUCGAGCAAUUACUAUCCUACCUCAAAUCCGAAGCUAAAUACCGUUGGAUUAGAGGAAAGACCAGUAUUCCGAAGAAAUUUCAAGCUACUCCGUGAAGAGUCACAAGAUAAGCAUGUUUCGGCAGAGGAAAAAACCACACGGCAUUAUCGAAGGUAUUUUAAGGGAGCUGGAUCGCGACUUACCUUUGACAGCGCGAUGCGAGACAAUGACCUGGAUAACGACUCCAGGGAGUUUUCCGAUUUGGAGUCGUCGAUUAUCGAGGAACAUGGAGGGAGCAGUAAGGCAGUUAAGCCAGGAGAGCAAAUGGUAUGACUACGAUGUCGAGAUCAAUGAACAUCUCUGGUCACUUUGGGGUGGACUCCAUCCCAGUGCCACCUGCUUUGAGAUCCAUUUAAGGGGUCGACAGACCUUGGCCUGUUGUGUCGUCGCCUGUUGCGCGGCGAGCAGCUUUCGGAACCUUGGGGAAUGGACUCCAAAGUUUCUUGAUGCCAUUGUCGUUAAUGGGGAUAAAUAUUAUAGAGAGAGUCUCAUGCAACGCCAGAGCUGUGAUCUUAAGUUGGAUUUUGGGGAUCUGUCGCUAGAGUGCGACUUCCAGGACAUUCACUUCAUGGUCCAAGUUCAGUUGGCGUGUUACGGGCAACUCUAUAGUGCCCCUACCUCCAAUACAAUGGGUCUCUUUGAGGCCCUAAAUUACUUCUUCACUCGAUACAAAUGGGGCAUCCUAGAUUGCCAGCAGCGUUACCUUGCCUUUGGUUAUUCUUCUAAUCGGGAUGGAGGUUAUUUCCUCUACGAUUGUGAUUGGGAUAAACCCAUUUUUCCAGAUGACAUGGGUGCUACUUACGUACUGCGUGUCAAGCAGCUUUUCCUGCUUCUGUACUGCAUAGUUGUUACCCUCAAUGUGCGUCAGAGAAACGUUAACUUUCAACUCUUUAGCGUCGACAUAAAUCGCAUUACGGGACAGCAUGGAAUGAAGAAGCACUUUAACUAAAGAUCGGAACAGUAGUACGUCUCUAAAUGUGCAGAGUGUUAGAGGCAAAUAAAUAAGGUUACAAAA